AUGGACAGCCCCGAAAUCACCGGGACUGGGAACAAUGAUCAAUCACCUUCCGAUGACGUGAUCAGUCGGCUUCAACAAUCCACAUACAUGGACCCGAAUGUUCCACUCGCCCAACUCCUAGCCCGCAGUGACUAUCUUCAAAAGUAUCCCAGUUGGCUUGGGUUUUGUGGUCCGGAGAACAAGAAAAAAUUUGCACCCACAUUUAUUGCUCGAAACGAUACAAUCUGGGAAUUGAUCUUCUCCGAACGUGGCUACGUGGACAUGCUGCUCAUGGUACACGAUGUCUACAUGACUCCGUUUCCUCACUUUCAAGCUGGACAGUAUGACUCGUUACCGGAACGGAUGUCGAGCAGUACUCUAUGUGACACUCUGUUCCCCGGUCUGAAAGAGCUGCUGGCGGCUCAUGAACGUAUUCUACGACCAUUACUGGCCUUACACGAGCAAGCGGAGAACUAUGUGGUUGAAUCGUUAGGUCCGUGUCUAGUCAAACUGGUGAGCGUCUACUCUCUGUCUUGA